CGACGGCGAAGACCUCCUAAAAGCCCGCCUGGCAAGGCAUUUGCAAGAUUGCUCAGAAUGUGCGUCAUGCCGGGGGCGCUAGGAGAGCGCAUGCCACUAGGGCAAGGAUACUAGACCCUGAGGUAAGCCCGCACAUAGUAGGAACUCGACCAUAUAAAGGAGGUUAAACUCGAAAAACUGACUCCUUCGUUCUUCGAACUUCGUGUCUUGACCUACACGCUAGCAAACAAUAUGCAGACAGUCGACUCAAACUUAGACAAUCUCUCAUCGGCAUCAGACAUCAUUGAUGCACUGCAGAACAUCCUGCGCUCACAAGCAUUUAUGCCAGACCUCGACACCCCGUACUCCCGACCCAGCGUCCAGAAUAUCGACCACCCUACCAUCGACUCGGAGCUCAACAGCAAGAUCAGCGCCAUCCCUAUCGAUGAACGCCAGCAACAGCUGGAUACAGUGUUGUGCAACAUCUCAGGUCUGGAAACGGUCAUGAAUGGCAUCAAAAUUUUUCACCAGCAACUCGUCGAACGGAAGGAGAAGAUCAUCCAGUCCAUGACUGUCCACAAGGGACUUGAACCAGCUAUCUGGCGCUUGCCAACUGAAGUCUUGUCCCACAUUUUUCACUGUUGUCUUCCGGAAGACCGAUACUUGUCACCCGCAUCAAACUUGGCCCCCAUGCUGUUGACCAGAAUAUGCCGACCAUGGAGGGACGUAGCUGUAGAUAUGCCCAGUUUAUGGUGCAGGUUGCAUGUGAAAAUCGACAUCGGGCAAGAGGAAAAUGAGGAAACCCUGAUAGCCUGGCAGCGGGCGACUUUCUUCUAUGACUCCUGGCUCAAGCGAUCACGAGGAUAUCCACUCUCAUUAGUGCUCGAACGCUACCUCUCAACCAGGCUCUUAAGAAGCCUUCUUCAACCUUACAGUAAUCAAAUCUCGUUUCUCUCCAUAAAAUUUUCCCGACGAGCGGGCCAGCUAGAACUUUUGCUAAAAAACGUGCCAGCGCUUCGAGAGCUGGUCAUACUGGGGAUGAACAGUUUUGAUAUUAGAUAUGUGGCAAAAUCUAUCUCGCAACUUCCGUCUACAAUGCGCGUUCUCGAGAUCAUGGAUUCUCCCUUCGACGUCAUGGAUUCGCCGUUCGACGCCCUUCACAUAUAUUCUCUCAAUCCCGUUUGGGCCCACCUGACACAGGUCAAGAUCACCCUACUCCAUGCGAGUGCAUUUCUCCACUUGCUCCGUCUAUGUCCCAACCUCUCCUCGUUGACGGUUGUUGCAGCAUUCUUUCACCAACGGGCCUUGGUGUUAUUCACGCACACCAACAUUCAAUCCUUAAUACUCAUUGAUUGUAAUAACCUCGGGAUGAUGCCAAACCCUUUAGGUGACCUGUUCGAUGCUCUAUCACUCCCCAAUUUGCGCGUGCUUGAAGCUCGCUGCUCUUACCACUCUCCAUGGCCUCAUGAGCAACUGAGGGAUCUUUUUGCACGAUCAAAGUGUCCCCUGGAGCGCCUGAUUUUCAGUAACUGCAUGUUGGAGAUGGAUGUGCCGCGAGCAGAGUAUGUUGCCCUCAUUCCUUCCCUCGAUGUGGUAGUGAAUGUAUAAGAACCGGUUGUUAUGCAUCUCGCGAAAUGCUGAUAUUAGGUCUGGCGGUAGACAUGGUCUCGUGCUGCGUAUCGUGUCGAUGCUGUACAUCAUAUAUCGUUCACAAAUUUCAAGCUCGGAAUCAGGGGAA